UCGCAUUCUCUCUCUCUCUCAGUCUUAACGCCUGUCCUCUCUCUCUCACUCCCAAACCCAUUCACUCAUGGGUUUAUGUUUCUCGUUUUCUGUAACGAGUUUUGUGUUUGACGUUCAAGUUCCACAAAAACCGAUAUUUCAACACUCGAGUAUCUACCACCUCCCACCCACCACAGCAUGCUGUAAAACUGUAUCUAUCCCUGAACUUUUCGUGUUAUUAAGUUUAACUUUAUUUCCUUGGACUUCUCACGUUUAUGGUGCAUUCUAGUGCCGUCGGCUUGAUUCAUUUCGAACUUGAACUGGGAAGUUUGUGUUUCUUGUUCAAUCAAAGUGCAGGUAACAUUUUGGAUCUAAAACGAGCUACUGAAAUAACUCCCAUCAAAUAUUUGUUUUAAAAGAAUGCAGCCAGUGUGUUUCCGAACUGUGUAAUUCUAAAAGCGUGUACAAGCCUUGCGCUUGAAAUUCUUCCAUUGCAAACUUCGUUCCCCCCCCCCUUUUUUUUUCUAGCGAUUCCAUAAAGGAAUGGAUGGUAAAGUGUUAAUGCUGUUGUUUGAUUUUUAACUGUUAAGACUAGUUCCCAUACAUUCAACUUGAUCUUGUACACGUGAACGCGUGUCCUAAUCAACCAUGUAAUCUGUGGAUAUUUGUGUCGCCAAUGCCAGUUGAAUUCUCGGACAAAGUUGCUCAAGUCUUAAUUUGUACUCUGACAAAAUUGCUCGGGAGUCCCACGGUUUGACCGCGGUGGUGGUAGACGGUCACGUGGAUGUCACUUCCGGUCUUUCCAGAACAUCGCCCAUCAACAGCGAUCCCAAGCGAAAUCUACCUGAAGCCGGACACGGAAGAGGCGGAGUCGUUCUUAGCGGUUUGGGAGAAAGUUCCGCCUGCGAGGAAAGCCAGGAACAGUCUUCUCAAAGGCGGCAUCAGCAACGACAGCAGAAGCCAUGGAGCGGCAGGGGUGACGCCGCUGAUGACAUCGUCGUCGAAGCUGCAGCAAGUGGAGACAGGACUGAUCCUUGCACAAGUAACGGAACAGUAGCGCGUGGCGUACACGGUGUGCGGUUUGAGAUGCCCGUCUCUUCCUACGCAGAGACCACCGAUGUUGAAGAAAGCACCAAUGGACAUACCCCUAUCAACGCUGACGACGCUCAGGAAAGUAAAACACGCUGGGAUUGGUCCAACCGGCAGAGCAAGCUCGUGAUUGGAACGUUUGUCUCAAUGAUUAUAGCCGUCACGUGGGUGUCUUUCAGUCAGCUGGUCCACAACAUCACAGAGAUGCCAGAUAUCAAAGCACCAUUCACCAUCACCUAUAUCUUCAUGAUCUGCCCCAUCAUCAUGUUCCCAGCAUACCUUUGUUUUGCCCGCCUUGCCAAAGCAGAACCCGCCAAAGCAAUAUUUAGAGAAUGUUUAAACGUGUACAAAGGCAGCGAUGACUUCCACAAAAUUCCCUUUCUCUGGAAGUCCCUGAUGUUCUGUUUGAUCUCAGCACUCACCACACACACAUACAUCCGCGCCAUGUACAAGCUGGGCGCUGCAGACUGCACGGCACUCUUUGCAGCCAAUCACAGCUUCGUUUACUUGCUGUCUUGGAUUGUACUCUUCGAGAAGUUCAUUGCUCUGAGAAUAUUAGCCAUGAUUUUUUCUAUAACGGGGAUUGUGUUAUUUGCAUAUGUAGAUGGCUUUGGCAGUUCUGCCAUGUUUGGAGUCGUCAUGGGAGUAGCCUCGUCUGCUGGAGCUGCGGUAUAUGGUGUUCUGUAUAAAAAAUUUAUAGGUGAUCCGACGAGUGCUCAGGCUGCGUUCUUUGUUUCUGUUGUUGGACUUCUUUCCUUGUUGUUGUUAUGGCCCUUGUGGUUGUUGCUGUAUUUUCUGGGAUCAGAGCAAAUUGAUUGGAGUGUUCUCCCUUGGGGAACAAUACUUCCUAGCGCUUUCUUAGCAACAGUUUACUGGGGGACAAAAGAAUGUGCUAUACAGCUGACAUACCAGUUUUUUAUUGGCCUUGGGUUAGUGCUGGCCAUUCCAAUUUGCUCAGUGGCAGACAAAGUGUGGAAAGAAGAAGAAUUCCCAGGAAUGAAAAUUGCUGCUCUUGUUUUAAUCACCAUAGGGGUCGUUCUAAUUUUGCUGCCAGAAAACUGGCAAGAGUACAUCUGUAAACACGUUAGGAGCAAGCCCAGAGAUACUGAGCAGCAGACUAUUGGGAACAGCACGACCCUCAGGGGUCGCCUCAGCCGCACCUCGUACAUGUGAUGAUUUAUUGUUGACUAGUAUAUUAGCUAAUUAUCUGAUGUUGAGAGACACUGGUUUUAUUAUGAAUGUCAAUUCAUUCAACUGAGUACAGCUGUAUUGCUGAUAUGUGUUUUCGGAGAAUUCAUUUAAAUACUUUAAGUUGUUGGAUUUAAAAACAAGGAGUAGGGUCAUUUCUAAAGAACAAACAAAGCUUCUUUUUUUUUUUGAACAGAUAAAUCCUCAGGGGCUAAAACCAAUGCUAAGACCAAGUCGUGUUCUGCAGUGACUACGCUUACGAUUCUUAGGAUACCCAGCUCUGCUGGUAGAAAUGUGAAUGUAACUGGUCAAUCAGAGUUUCACUUAAUAAUCUAAUUAUCCCCUCAGCCGAAAACAAGUCGCCUCAACUUUAACAUGCCUCAAUGAAGAACUGAAUUGAACUGAAUUGCAAUUAUAACUGACAGGGUGGAAAACUUUCACUGCCUCAACGUGACCAUUAUCUAGAUCUGCCAACAGUUCUUUGUUUUUCCAUCAAUGACGCAUUUCUUGCACAGUAAGUUCACACAACAACAAUAUCUUGCCAACCACAGAUUUCCACUCUCAUGGGAAGGUCACUGAUUAAUUAUGCAUGUAUGC